AUUAAAUCUUCAAGUUUCCAAGCUGUGGUCAAAGUGAACUUCUGUUACAAGUCAACAGAAAGUGCCAGCCAUGACAUCAGCCACGCCCCCUUCCUCAGAAGGCUCCUCCCCACAGAAGGUAUGCCACUCCCAGACGCAGACCGACAUCACCAAGCCCCUGCUGAGCUCCACAGGGGUCACCGGAGGUGUAGGUGCAGGUGGAGGAGGACAAGGAGCUGGAGGGCCCUGUGCUCUGCGAAGGAGGCGCCGUGUCCUCUCCAAAGAUGGACGAAGCAAUGUACGUAUUGAGCAUGUGAGCGGGCGAGGGGCGCUGUACCUUCGUGACCUCUGGACAACUUUUCUGGACAUGCAAUGGCGCUACAAGUUCUUCCUCUUCUCUGCCACUUUCGCUGGGACCUGGUUCCUGUUUGGAGUUCUUUGGUACCUGGUAGCAAUGGUGCAUGGAGACCUGUUGGAGUUUGACCCCCCCUCCAACCAUACCCCAUGUGUAAUGGAGGUGAAGACCCUGACGGGGGCCUUCCUCUUCUCUCUGGAGUCUCAGACCACAAUUGGCUACGGUUUCCGGUGCAUCACAGAGGAGUGUCCUGUUGCAAUCGUCCUGCUUAUUUUUCAGCUGGUCAUCACUAUGGUGAUGGAGAUAUUCAUCACGGGCACCUUCCUUGCGAAGGUCGCUCGUCCCAAGAAGCGAGGUGAGACAGUGAAGUUUAGUCAACAUGCUGUUGUGUCAAAUCAUGAGGGUCGUCCCUGCCUCAUGAUCCGAGUAGCCAACAUGCGCAAAAGCCUCCUGUUAGGAUGCCAGGUGACGGGAAAGCUGCUUCAGACGUCCCUGACGAAGGAGGGCGAGACGGUGCGGCUGGACCAGCGCAAUGUGCCUUUUCAAGUGGACACGUCCAGCGAUAGCCCCUUCCUCAUCAUCCCCCUGACCUUCUACCACAUCAUUGACGACAACAGCCCUCUCAGAGCCUGGGCAGCAAAAGGUGGUGGCUGGACAGACCCGGAGCUGGCUGACUUUGAGCUGCUUGUGAUCAUGAGUGCCACAGUUGAGCCAACCUCGGCAACCUGCCAAGUUCGAACGUCCUACCUACCAGACGAGAUCCUGUGGGGCUACGAGUUUCCCCCUGUCGUCUCCCUGUCCCCUUCAGGAAAAUACGUGGCUGAUUUUGCCUUCUUCGACAAAGUGGCCAAAACCAAAACGCCACCCCUCUUCAAGCAGUCUCUGCCGCCGAGCCCCCCUUCACAGGCGUCCAGUUACCACGGCAGCAAGGAAGAUGGGACUGACCUGGAGAAGAUGAGACUGGAAGAGAGCUACAGGGGAGAGGAGAGGGGGCGAGAGAGGGGGCGUGUCAGAGAUAGCAGUCCACUGAGUGUGCGUAUUAGUAAUGUUUGAGGGAGCAGAGACAGGAAGAGAUUGUGGAAAGUUGAUAUGAAACCGAGAUGAAAGGUAAAGACAGGAAAACAGAACCAGGCUGCUCAACACAAAACACACUCCCCCACACAACACUCUGCCUACGCAUACAAGUGUGGACCUCAUGACAGUAAACACCUGGGUGCACUUUCACUGCACCCACCAACCACACACACAGACACAAUGUGCCAAUGCGCUACUGUAACUGAAAGUCUGUAGAGAAGAUACUGAGGAUGACUGCAACCAAGUACAAAGGGAACAAGUUACAAACUUGACAUGUACAAAUGUACAGCAAAACAUCAAGUCAUCUAUAGAGACAUUUUCUAAACUUAUAUUCAUUUUUCUUUUGUUUGUGGAAAGGACUUCAUUUACUGUAACUGGAAGGUACUCAAACACUGCAAAAAUCUUCAUCUUAUCAGGUCAUGUCUGUCUAUAAUUACAUUUUUUUUCAAGUAACCCAGUUCCAAUUGAAACUUAGAAAAGAGAAAAAGUAGAAUUUUUAUUGGAUACACAUAAAAUUUUUCUCCCAACAUAUUUUCUUCUACCUGUUUUAAGGAAAUAAGGAUUUAUUACAGAUAAAAGACAAAAGACGAUUUCUGUAAUGAGGUGAAUGUCUGAGUGGAUGUUAAUCACUGAAUCACAGUACUGUUUUUAUUUUAUUUCUUUUCUUAAUUAAUAAAAUACCUGAAAAAGGUGGCGAAAAUACUGGAACCAUAUUAUUUUUUUAACAAAAGAUUUAAAAGGAAUGUAUUAUAUUUUAUGUGCGUAGAAGUUUCUAACAAUACCAUUACUUGUUACACCGGAAAAUAUCGUGCUCUUUGAUAUGAAUGUCCUGGUUUAUUGGGGUAAACAUGUUUCGUAAUAUUCUACUAAAAGCACUUUAACUUGAAAGAAAAGUGGCAUUUUACACAAAGGAAAUAACUGAACUAACUUUGAUUCUUAAUGCACUGUAUUAAACAAUGAAAUCUUGUGGUUAUGUUUGGGGUGUGUGAGUGUGAGUGUGUGUUUACGCUUGAAAAGGUGUAACUGGAUGUGAUAAUACUGUUUGUAUGAACCUUUUUGUGAAUUGUUUUAAAUUUCAUGUACAGUAUGUGUUUUAAUGUACUUCUGUACAGACACGUGUAAAAAUAUUUUUUUCCACAUUCUUGACUUCUUUAUGUCCUGAGAUUUGAUAUACAACUCUGCAUUUUCAGUAUACCAUAUUAAUUGUUUUUGGUGCACAGUUUCUGUAAAAUAUAGCACACUCGUCUUUUUACUGCUGUCAUUUUUUUCAUACAGUGGUUGUGAAAGUUUCUAUGGAUUAUGCUAAUAUGUAUCUAAUCAACAACCUUUUUUAAUAUUAGAUAAAAACAUAUAUUUGGAUUUUUUUUUCUCUCUUUUAACUGUACAUAGACAUGGUAACUUAAAUGAAAUGAUCCUACUUUCAAGGGGAUUAGUUAAAACAUUGGUUAACAGAAAAGAUACAGUUUUUAGAGAAUGGAUUAUCUGAUCAUUUAAGUAAAGGAAUAUUGAACAUCAGAAAAAUACUUUCUUCUAUACUUAAAAGUGUUUUCGGUUGAAAUGCCAACAAGUAUGCCAUUAAAAAUUAAUAAUACAGUAGGCUAUCCCUGAUCCCACUAAUAUCUGAAAAAUAUAAAUCACCAAGUUUUAGUUUUCAAGGGAGUCAAGGAUUUAUGUUCAUUGCUAGCAAUUCAAAAGUAUUAUAGUAUUAAAUGUGUGCUCUUGAGAUUAAGUGCCACUGUUCAAAUGAAAAUCCUCUGCUGUUCCAUACAAGGCCAAUGAAAAAUAUUCAAAAUAACUGAAAAUAUUUCAGUAUCAAUAUCUGGUGAGAGGUUGUGCUUGUUUAUACUGUAUUGCCUGUACUGUAUACUGUAUAUGGCUCACUCUGAAUACUGGAAGCUCAUUGUUCUGACUGCUAAUAUACUUUAUAAGUGCCUUCUUUAAUAAAUUUGUUA